AUGAGUUCCAAGAAAUAUGCCUUCCUUCCGAUGGAUGAUGGCGACUCCUCGGAUCGCCACCAGGAGAGCCGCAUGAGAUCGCGGCAGGAGUAUCUCAAGAAAAGAGAGGCAGAGCGCUUGGCCCUGCUGAGGAGACAAGUCGCCGAGGAGACUGCUGAGCUGAGGAGCGGAGUUCGAUUAUCAGAAAGGGAAAAGGCAGAGUUUAACAAGAACCGAGAGCUUCUGCGCCUGGCUGAAGAGCGACUGAGAAUCGAUGACCACCAAGAUGGAUACGUGAUGCCGGAGGACUACAUCACCGAAAAGGGCAAACUGGAUCGCAAAAAGAAGGAAGAUGCCUUGUACAAGCGCCAUGUCGAGCGGGACGAGUACGGCCAGGAGAAAUUUGUCACGGAACACGAUGAGUGGGAGAGGGAGCAGACCACCAAAGCUAAAGCGCAGAUCCAGGGCCGAGAGCGGGAAAAUGAGGAUUACGACUACGUCUUGGAUGAUGCGCAGUAUAUCCAGUGGAGCCUUGACUCACGGAUGCCGGGUGAGAGAAAGACGCUGACCAAGGAACAGCAGUUUUUGGAGGCACAGAUCGAGGCGGCAGAAAAGAAGGCCUUGUCGAUCCAGGAGACAAGGAAGAGUCUACCCAUCUACCAGUACCGAGAGCAGUUCCUGGAAGCGCUGGAACAGUAUCAGAUCCUUGUCAUUGUCGGAGAAACCGGUAGUGGAAAAACAACCCAGCUACCCCAAUAUCUCCAUGAAGCUGGAUACACAAAGAACGGUAUGAAGGUCGGAUGCACACAACCACGACGAGUGGCCGCUAUGAGUGUGGCUGCGCGUGUUGCGGAAGAAGUCGGUGUCAAGAUCGGCCACGAAGUCGGCUACUCUAUCCGAUUCGAAGACUGCUCGAGUGAAAAGACGAUACUCAAGUACAUGACAGAUGGUAUGCUGCUGCGAGAGUUCAUGACAGAGCCGGACUUGGCCGGGUAUUCGGCAAUCAUGAUUGACGAGGCUCACGAACGGACGGUUCACACGGAUAUUUUGCUGGCCCUGGUUAAAGAUCUGGCAAGAGAGAGAAAAGACUUGAAGCUCCUGAUUUCUUCCGCUACCAUGAAUGCCGAGAAAUUCGCCCAGUAUUUCGACGACGCCCCCAUUUUCAACAUCCCUGGACGACGUUAUCCCGUUGAUAUUUACUAUACCCCUGCGCCUGAAGCUAACUACUUGGCGGCGGCCAUUACGACCGUGUUCCAGAUCCACACCACCCAGGGCAAAGGAGACAUUCUCAUAUUCUUGACCGGACAAGACGAAAUCGAGGCCGCUGAGAUGGAGAUUGCUGAGACGGCAAAGAAGCUGGGGAAUCGAAUCAAGGAGCUGGUCAUCUGCCCAAUCUACGCCAACUUGCCUUCAGAACUUCAGGCAAAGAUUUUUGAGCCAACACCCGAGGGCGCACGCAAAGUCGUGCUAGCGACGAAUAUUGCCGAGACCAGUUUGACCAUUGACGGCAUCGUAUAUGUCAUUGACCCCGGCUACGUCAAAGAAAAUGUCUACAACCCGGCCACAGGCAUGUCAAAUCUGGUCGUCGUUCCAUGCUCCCGUGCAUCAGCCAAUCAGCGAAGCGGUCGUGCUGGACGUGUUGGCCCGGGCAAGUGUUUCCGACUGUAUACCAAGUUUGCUUACAUGAACGAGAUGGACGAGUCACCAUUGCCCGAAAUCCAGCGGACAAAUCUCAACGGAGUUGUGCUACAGCUCAAGUCACUGGGUAUCAACGAGCUACUGGAUUUCGAGUUUAUGGAUCCACCUCCUACAGAAGCUCUCAUCGGCGCCUUGAACCAACUGUUCGCCCUACAGGCCCUUAACCACAAGGGCGAGCUGACCAAGAUUGGUCGUCAAAUGGCCGAAUUCCCAACUGAUCCCAUGCUGGCAAAGGCAGUCCUAGCAGCUGAUAAGGAAGGCUGUGUGGAAGAGGUGCUCUCUAUUGUCUCCAUGCUGGGUGAAGCCUCUGCUCUCUUCUUCAGACCAAAGGAUAAGAAGCUACACGCUGAUAGCGCUCGAAACCGCUUUACUAUUAAGGAUGGAGGCGACCACAUUUCACUACUCAACGUCUGGAAUCAAUGGGUCGACAGCGGCUUUUCGCCUAUCUGGGCCAAGGAGAACUUUUUGCAGCAGCGAUCAUUAACACGAGCCCGAGAUGUGCGAGAUCAGCUCGCCAAGCUCUGUGAACGUGUUGAGGUCGCCCCCUCAACAUGCGGCGCCAACAAUUUACGGCCCAUCAAACGUGCCAUCACAGCUGGAUUCUUCCCCAAUGCUGCCAGAUUGCAGAAGAGCGGCGACAGCUAUCGGACAGUCAAGAAUAGCACAACAGUGUGGAUUCACCCGAGCAGCGUGUUAAUGUCGAUAGACCCGCCAGAAAAGAUGGUGAUUUAUUUCGAAUUGGUGCAGACGACAAAGGAAUACAUGCGCAGCGUGAUGCCAAUUGAAGCUGCAUGGCUAGCAGAGCUGGCGCCUCAUUUUCACAAGAAGAAAGAUAUUGAAGCGAUGGAGGAAAAGAAGAUGCCAAAACAAAACCGACGAGACUGA